AGAUCAAUCUAUUAGACUAGAAUCUGCUAUAGGCUAUAGGCUCACUGUUCACAACCCGUUAUCUUUUGUCUGUAUUGAAAAGUAUAGGCCGAAGGGAGGAAAGCCUUUAGUUAUCCAUUAACAUUUGAAUGAAGAAAGGGGAAGCAUGCCGAAAGUAAACACAAGAGCGUCUUGUGCCAGAGAUUUCCAUUGCUGUCCUGACAUCGGGAUUGCCUUGGAGUCCUCAUGCAAAGCAGGUUAUGACUUCGUCUGUUUACCAAUGGUCAACCCUCGCUUCAAGAGGGAAUUCAUCAACGGACCAGCUAAAAACAGAAAAUGUGCUCUGACAAGAUCGGAUAUGUGCCUGACAAGUCAAGAUUGGAAUACCCUCGUUGUCGGUAAAAUUUCCCCUUGGCUGCACAUUGACUCUGACUAUUAUCACACUCGCACAAACUCAGAACUGGCUUUUAAGGAGGAGUUGACAUGGGCAGCCCAUCUGGGUUUGCCGGCCGUCAUGAUGCCGCUGCGGAGUGGCAAGUGUUUCAACUUGGCCAGGUGUCUCAACGAGUACUUCGUCGCCAACUACUAUCAACAGCAAUACUGGGUUCAAGUCCCCCUGCUCAGCCCUGCUGCUCAGUGUGAUCAAGUCAUUGAAGGAUUGGAUGAGAACAUGGGAGAGGACAAGUCUGAAGAUACCUGGAGCUGGUGGAACACUCUACGCUCACUAUGUGACCACAACAAGCGUCUCUGCGUGGCUCUGGAGCUGACCGCUGAUUUGCCUGACCGGGAAGUUGUCGAGAGGUGGAUGUCGGAACCUGUCAAAGCCAUCCUGGUAUCUACUUCUCUCUUCCUCACGAAUAAGAAAGGAUACCCGGUUUUGUCUAAACUUCACCAGUCUGUUAUUAAAGAUCUCUUUAAGCUGGAAGUGCAGGUGAUCAUCACUGGUCAGGACCGACACCCAGACAAGACAAUCCGGGCCUACCAGCAGUACAUUGACCACUUGUGGCAGACUCAAGACCCCCUGGACACGGUCAGCCAGUUUGCCAAGGGCUACGAGGAUUUCCUACAGUCUCCCCUUCAGCCUCUGAUGGACAACUUAGAGUCUCAAACAUAUGAGAUCUUUGAGAAAGAUCCGAUCAAAUACUCUCAGUACCAGAAGGCUGUGUACCAUGCAUUGCUGGACAGAGUGCCACUAGAAGACAGAGAAACAACAGAAAUAGUGAUCAUGGUUGUGGGAGCUGGCAGGGGACCUCUGGUGCGUGCCUCUAUAGCAGCUGCCAUUGAGGCUGGGUGUAAAUUAAAGAAAGUUUACGCCGUUGAAAAAAAUCCAAAUGCAGUUAUUACGUUAGAGAACAUGAAGGAGGAGGAGUGGGGCAGCCGGGUGGAGGUUGUGUCUUGUGACAUGCGAGACUGGGUGGCCCCGGAGAAAGCUGACAUCCUGGUCAGCGAGUUGCUGGGCUCUUUUGGGGACAACGAGUUGUCUCCUGAGUGCUUGGACGGCGCUCAAAAAUAUCUCAAAGAUGAUGGGAUCAGUAUACCAGAGAAGUACACGUCUUUCCUGGCUCCUUUGCAGUCCUCAAAACUUUACAAUGAAGUGCGGAGCUCUAAAGCAGAGAGAGGAAAACCUCCAGAGGCUCCUUUUGAGAUGCCCUAUGUGGUACGUUUACACAACUGCUCUGUCCUAGACACACCGAAACCUGUGUUCACUUUCACGCACCCAAACAGAGAGGAAGCAAUUGACAACUGUCGAUACGCAUCUUUGGACUUCACUGUGCAGCAAGAUGCGCUGGUACAUGGAUUUGCAGGAUACUUCGACACUAAUCUUUACAAAGAUGUCAUGUUAAGUAUUGUUCCUGAGACACAUUCGCCGGGCAUGUUUAGCUGGUUCCCUAUACUGUUCCCAAUCCGGGUUCCUAUCACAAUGACUAAAGGAUCAACAAUAUCCAUUGAUAUCUGGAGAAGGUGUACGUCCAAGAACGUCUGGUACGAGUGGGCAUUCCGUUGUGGUGGACAGGUCUCCCCUAUCCACAACCCCAAGGGAAGGUCAUACACGAUUGGUCUCUGACCCUGCUCAGUGUCAAGACCUCAAGUCCAUGUUGAGACAUUCAUGAAAAAGAGUAGCAGCAAUUGUUGUUUGAACAGGGCAAUGCAGUAGCAAGGAGUUACGGUAUUGGAAUUGGUGUUGUAAAUGUAUUUCAGAAUAGGAGGAAAUAUUUACUCAAUGACACAGGAAAAGUGUAUUAUUGAUACUGUGUGAGCAACUGACUAUGAAUGGCUAUUGUUUUGUAACAGAAUGAUUUUAGUUGUCUUUCAUGGUUGGUAAAAUCAUGACGUUUUGUCUAAUGCAAGCCAUAAUUGCAUUUUUACACUGGAGACCUAAUAUUUUAGAUUUGCCGUGUAUGUAUUCCUAGUAAAGUAUUUAUAUGUAUAUGCCCUCUGAUUGGAACAUGUCUUUUGAGAUUGUAGAGCACGCUGUAAGCUAAUAACAUCUAAGUGACCAGCCACCAUGUGGCUGACAGAUUGGACAGGAUCAUGGCUGCCAACUAUGCUUUCUCAGAAAAAGCGUACUCAUCACUGAGAUUGGAAUAAUUAUUGUUCUAACGUUUAUAUGUUUUUCAAACAAACAGAGAAUGUGUUAACGUGACCACGUAUUAAUUACAAAAAGUUAUCUAUGUUUGUAUUUUCAUCACUGGUCCAGCACACAGUGUUUGAUUUGGUGGUGUUGAGGCUGGAGAUAGAGUAGCUUGAAUUUUGUUGUUGGCUUUCCAUGACAAUUCAGUAAAGUUACCUCUUCUCUAGAAUUAAGAUAAAUUGACUAUUCCAGCCUCAUAUUGUUUGGUGGCUAAUGUCCCACUUUUAGAUGUGGAUGCCAUUUUUCUUGUCUGCAGCUCGGGAAGUGGUAGUAAAUUUUUUAGCUUGAGGAUAGUAGCACAAGUUGAGUGUCUGUCGUCUGGGAAAUGGUACCCGUCAUUCCUUCUCUCUUCUCUUGCUUUACUUUCCAGUUGUGUGUGAACAUGAUGGAGGUCUGUGUAGUAAUGGUUAGGCUUUUCUCUGUUGCACCUAAGGAAGUUAUUUGUUUUCAGCUCAGGGAAAUUAUUUAGUCUCGUGUCUGCAUCUGUCAGCUUGGAUGUUGUAUCCCACUCGAGUCAAAGAAGCCCACCUUCAUCAUAGCUGACGUAUCAAUCUAAAAAAAACUGAGUGAUGUGGUGUAUUUCUUUCUGUGCCCCUGCAUCUGCACUGCUCAUACAAUGGAAAAAUGUGUUUCUAUCAUGAAGCUUAAAUGUGUAGCUACAGUUAGUUACCUUCUCACCCAACUGCAAAGCUCCAUGUGUUGAAAGGAAAAAACCAAGCAUGAACAUUGGGCCGAGAAUGGUGUUUGAAAGGAAUACGAAGUACAUGUAUUGAAUCCGGGUCAAUAUGACGUUUUCUAAGAUUUUAUAUAAAAUGAAAAUACUUCCAUUUUUCUAUCUCAAUUUGGUACAUGUAUCAUUAUUUCUUUAUUCAAAUUAUGUAUAAAUGGAGGUAAAUAAAUUAGAUUGAACAAUUUGAGCUGACGUUACAGUUUGGAACAUCUUUUUUUCCAAUUUGCAGCGAGCAAAACAUUUAAAUAAUGUUAAUGUUCUAGGUUUUCACUUCAGUAAUCAGUCAUGUUGUGAAUGUGUUCCAUUAACUUUUGCCUUAUUCUUGCUACAUGUAGUUGAAAUCUGGAGAAAUCUUUCCUGUUCAGACACUCUGCAGGUGAUCUUGUGCAGUGCAGAGAUUUUGGGCACAGAGUUAUUGGACUUGACAGUUUAGAAUUGUAGGAUUCUUUAGGCUUUAGGAUUUUACUCCGCAGGAGGAUCAACAGGAAAAUGGCAUUUGUUCAAUACCUGCAAUGUUUUCAACUAUACUUUGAAACUGACAACUACUGCAUUAUCAUUUUGAUCUGGUUUUGUACAGUUUUGUAUUAAAAUUAAAAGUUAAUACGUAUACAAA